AGAAGAAGAAGACAAAGAAGGAAGUGUCAACACUUUUUAUAAACAUGUUCUUCACGCCGAGUUCAAGGACUAACUUUGGAAAUACCUUGAAUGAAGGUGGUGUGUUCCUGGAGGCACCAUGCUGGUGAUGACCACCACUUCCUGUCCUCACCUGUCACCUGCAGCGUGUGGCAAGUCUCUCCACUCCCGACUGGAAGCAAGACCCUAAAGGCAUCCAGAGGUGUGCCAAUAUGCCACAGCCCAGAAUCAAGUUGGUGGUGACAGGAGAUGACUUUGGCUACUGUCCCCAGAGGAACCAGGGCAUCGUGGAUUGCUUCUUGGCAGGGAGCGUCUCCACCGUGUCCCUGCUGGUCAAUGCCUGUGCUGCCAAGCAUGCCUCCGACUUGGCCAAAAGGCACAGCAUCCCAGUCGGUCUCCAUGCCAACCUGACGGAGGGCAUCCCAGUGUGUGCCAGCCUAAGGAGGACCUCCACCCUCACCAACCAGUGCGGCUUCUUCCACGGCAAGAUGGGCUUCCGCCAGGCCCUGCAGAAACAGCAGCUCAGCAUGGAACAGGUAAAGCAGGAGUUGAGAGCGCAGGUGAGGCUGUUCAAAGAACUGACAGGUCACCUGCCUCAUCACAUGGAUGGACAUCAGCAUGUACAUGUACUGCCAGAGGUGCGUGAGGUGUUUGCCCAGGUCCUGGCCGAGUACAGGAUCGUCUACACCCGCGUUCCAGUGGAGCCUGCUCUGAAGAGCUGCACGUGGCUGCCAGCACACCUUCACAGCUUCUACACCCAGGUGGAGAAGGACGCCCUGGACUCCAUCCCCGUCUUCAAGCGCUUCGGCAUCAGGUGGCCAGAAGUCUACCUGGGCCUGAGCACAGUGGGACAGCACAUGUCCGUGUGCAACCUGCAGCGAGCGCUGGGUCAUGUGACCUCCACCUGUGCCCAGCAGGUGGUCACAGCUGAACUGAUGGUGCACCCGGGAUACCCCAGUCAGCCCCCAGAGGGCGGCUGUGGCCAAGGACCCGAUGACUUCUCCCAGUCGGAGGAGCGGCGACACGAACUCAACGUCCUCCUGGAUCCUUCUCUGAUGGCCUUCUUCCUGCACCAGCGUGUGCACAUCUGCACUUUUAAGGAUCUUUGAUACCAGUUUGGAAAAGUUACUCAGCAGUCGUCCAUCUUUAAGUGCACUAAGAGUGUGUACUUCUACCAAUGUUUACAAGGUCUACUGUACUUGUGUACGUACAGUAGCUAUGGAAAUUGUUCAGACGCCUUUAAAUGUUUGAGUCUUUGUUUGGUUGCAGACAUUUGCUAAAAUGAAAAGAGUUGAUUUUAUUUCUCAGCAGCCAUCUUGACAGAACAAAAGAGAAAUGUAGAAAUGUUUGCAGAGUUAUUCCAAAGAAAAGUGCUCAUAAGUAUUGAGUACUUUGCUGAGUACUGAGUAUUUGCACCUUUUGAGUACAGCCAUGAGUCUUCUUGGGAACGUUAGUGGACGUUGGGUUUAGGUCAGGGCUCUGGCUGGGCCAGUGAAGAAUGGUUCCGAAGCCACUCCUUUGUUAUUUUAGCUGUGUGCUUAGAGUCACCGUCUGUUUGGAAGGUGAACCUUGGGUCUAGUCUGAGGUCCUGAGCACUCUGGAAGAGGUUUUCUUCCAGGAUUUCUCUGUACUUGGCCGCAUUCAUCUUUCCUCCGAUUUAAAUCAGUCGUCCUGUCUCUGCAACUGACAAACACCCCCAUAGCAUGAUGCUGCCACCACCAUGUUUCACUGUUGGGAUUGUAUUGGGCAGAUGGUUUUCUCCAGACAUACCGCCUAGAAGUAAGGCCAGAAAGUUCAAUCUUGGUCUCAUCAGACCAGAGAAUCUAAUUCCUCAGACUCUGAGAGUCCUUCAUGUGUUUUUUGGCAAACUAUGUGGGCUUUCAUAAGUCUUGCACUGAGGAGAGGCUUCAGUCGGGCCACUGUGCCAUAAAGCCCCGACCGAUGAGGUGGCGACUUGUCCAGGGUGUACCCCGCCUUCCGCCCGAUUGUAGCUGAGAUAGGCUCCAGCGCCCCCCGCGACCCCAAAAGGGAAUAAGCGGUAGAAAAUGGAUGGAUGGAUGGAUGGUGGAGAGCUGCAGUGACAGUUGACUUUGUGGAACUUUCUUCAUCUCCCUACUGCAUCUCUGGAGCUCAGCCAUAGGGAUCUUUGGUUCUUCUUGACCUCUCUCACUAAGGCUCUUCUCCCACCAUUGCUCAGUUUGGCUGGACGGCCAUGUCUAGGGAGAGUUGUGGUCCUCCCAAACUUCUUCCACUGAAGGAUCACGGAGGCCACUGUGCUCUUAGAAACCUUCUUUUGUAACCAUGGCCAGAUCUGUGCCUUGCCGCAAUUCACUACCAUCACUCCAAGGAGAGAGGAGGCUGCAGUGAAGCUGGUCAGGGAUAUGCAUGAUGAGCAACACCCUCUGCAUGACCUGCUACCUCCAACACGAGGCAGCCGCACUGCCAGGACAUUGAGGAACCAACAUAAGCUGGCUGAACCCGAGCCCAAAGCCAAGACAAAGAGACUUAAAAACUCUACCCUGCAUACUGCAAUUAAACUGUAUAAUGACACUAUCUAAUUAAAUAAGUAAUACAGUCAUAUACCAGAAUGCUAAUAGUUUCCAUGCUGCUGUUGCCCUGAAAAUGUUUUUUGUUUUUUUUAUAUAAAAUACCAUCUGUUCUUUUCUUUUUUUUUUAUCUUUGUUUGUUUGAUAUUCAUUGUAAAGUUCAGCUGUUUUUUCAGUGGGGCCUUGGCUCCACUGCAAGCAUGAAUUAAUAAAGUCAAGUCAAGUCAAUUCUGUCUCUGAGAUCCUUGGGCAGUUCCUCUUUUCCUUGGACCUCAUGAUUCUCAUUUGCUGUGACAUGCAUAUCGGGCAGCUGGGUUUCUCCAUAAAUACUUCCUAGAAUUAAGGCCAGGAAGUUUCUUCUUGGCCUCUCUCACCAAGGCUCUUCUUCCACCAUUGCUCAGUUUGGCUGGACGGCCUGGUCUAAGAAGAGUUGUGGUCCUCCCAAACUUCUUCCACUGAAGAAGGCCACGGAGGCCACUGUGCUCUUAGGAAGCUUCUUUUUUAACCUUGACUAGAUCAGUGCCUUUCCGCAAUUCCGUCUCUGAGAUCCUUGGGCCGUUCCUCAGUUCCUUGGACCUCAUGAUUCUCAUUUGUGAGCUGGAAGGUCUUCUAUAGACAGGUGUGUGCCUCUCCUAAUUAAGUCCAAUCAGUUGAAUCCAACACAGCUGGACUCCAAUGAAGGAGCAGAAGCAUCUCAAGGAGGACCAGAAGACAUGGACAGCAUGUGAGCGUCACACUUUUACUCUUUGAAUACAUGUGCAAACAUCUCUGUGGCUCUGUCAAGAUGGCUGCUGAGUGGACGUUCAUCAGGAACAAAAUCAACUCUUUUCAUUUCAGCAAACGUCUGCAUGGAAUCAAAGAGCGUGCAGCCAUAGGCGUGCACACCUUUUGUGCUAAAUUCAUCAUCGAGUAACGUUUGCUUCCAGGAAGCAGAAGAUCAGGACUGUCCCAUACUGCGUUCAUAUUUGGAGAGCACUUCAAAUGACCGAAAUGAGGAUCUAAAUGACUCUUACUUCUUACUGUAUGUACAGUAAAAGCUGCAUCAUUUCCCCAUUGUGGGAUGAAUAUGAUUAAUAAACAUGUCGGCCAUCCAUGAAGUCAGUUCUUUUUUUUAGUACGUGUUCUUUGGUGUGGAACAUUACAACUGUGGAAAAAAACAAACAUUUACAUGGUGUCCCUUAAGUCAUGUAUCAUAUAAAUAAA